GAUCGCUCACAAAUUUUGUUUAGUCAAUAAACUCAAAAAAGGGAGAAAUUACUGAGUAAUUUAAAUUAAUUAUUUCCCAGACCAAAAUGGACUCGCAAGCCCCAUUGCGAGUCUUGCAAAAGAAAAGAACAACAAAUUUCCGCGAGGACGAAACAAAAAUGUUAAUUCAACUGUGGGGUAGCCCCCAAAUACAAAACAAACUGUAUCUAACUCAUCGGAAAGCUCCGGUUAUGAGGCUUUUGGCAGCCAAUAUGCAACAUCGUGGAUUUUACAGAACCCCCGAUGAAAUCAAGACGAGGCUGCGAAAUCUCAAAUGCCUCUAUCACAGGAUUAAGAGAUCUGUACAGACAGGCGUAGGGGUUGGAACCGUUGAUCCUGAUUGGCCCCAUUACAAAGCGAUGGAUGAUAUUCUGAGCAAGAGGAAUACCAACAGACCGCAGGACCUGUACAAGGACAACAUUUUUGAGGGGCCACGAUGUGAGGACAUCAAGCAGGAAAUUAUUGACGAUGAAAUUGAUAUCAACGACGAUAUGGAAUCCUACACUACCAACAGUUUGAAUGGAUCUGACGACGCCGAAUUUGAAGAUGAAUCUCAUCAUAUGCCACCUCUCACUCCAUCCCCACCAAGCCCAGAGAAAACCAAAGAAAAUGCAGAGCCCAUUAAAAUUGCACCAAAACCAAAUCAGCCUCCGCCUCAGCCGGACAAACCUACCCUUUCAAACAACAUACCAAUCCCUAUAUCUACGCAUGUCAGAACAAACACAACAACUACUCCGUCUUUGCCUUUUCCACUUCUUAUUUUGAACGGAUUACCUAAUCAAAAUCAAGUCAGUGCACCUGCUAAGAAAGAAGGAAUGGGAGGAAUCGGGUCUCUUGGUCAGGAAGAUGUAUCCGCUCUCCUCAAAGAUCUCCUCCAAGUUCAAAAAGAAAACCUUGAAGUAGAAAAACAAAGGCUUGAAGUAGAUAAGCAGACUUUAGAAUUUCAUCGACUUGUAGGAACCCAGUUAUUAACAUUACUUCCAAUGAUUGGCGGUUUCAUACAAAGAGUCGCUUUCCCGAACAACAACAAUGAUGAAGAAAAAAAUAUUGUCAAUAAUGAAGAUGCCUCCAAAAAAAGUAACAGAAAACGGUCGUGUCCUGAUAGUGGGUUGGAUAUUCUCAAAGACAGCAAAAUAUUACGGAAUGUUCUGGAAGAUGGUAUAAAGAAAUAUAUGUUGGAAGAGAAUGGUGAGGAGUCUUUUGAAAAGAAGAGAAUAAAAAUCAAGUCCGAAGUAGAUGAACAUGAUGCUAGCGAUAGGAACUAACUAAGUAAUAGAGUUGUGAUAUUUUUUACAUUCCUGAAAGCCAUUCCUUUUGUUCAAAUAUUUGUGAUCCUGUAGAAUUAGUUAUUUAUUUAAUUUAUUUGUAUUGUCUGAGUUUUGCAUACGAUAAAAUAUACGAUUUUGUGAUAAA